ACUUUUCUGUAUUCAUUAUACAUAUAAUAUUUUUUGUUUUUCAAGCCACAUCUAUUUGUUUGAGUAAAAUGGGACUCAGAGAAAGUACACCCUCACCACCACCACCACCACCACCAUCACCAGAAUUUGACCAGCCAUGGAGGGAAAUGUGUUGGGGCAAUAAAGACGCUUUAGAACAGAGACUGAGGAGGUUCAAGCUCAGCCGUUCAGAUGUUCCGUAUAUCAGGAUCCUGAUUGUUGGACCAAUUGGAACAGGAAAAUCCAGCUUCAUCAACUCAGUCAACAAUGCUUUUCAAGGACGAAUCACCAGCGGUGCUCUUGUUGCUACAACAUCUGGAACCAGUUUUACAAAGGAAUAUGAAACUCAUUAUAUUGAAGGUGAGGACGGUUCUGCUUUACCUUUUGUCUUUAAUGACAUCAUGGGACUUGAGGAUGAAGAAGGAAGAGGAGCACACCAACAGGACCUGGUAUCAGCCCUAAAAGGCUUGGUCGCGGAGGGAUACAAAUUUAAUCCUGCGUCCCCCCUGUCACCGAGUGAAUACAAAAGCAGCCCUAAAUUUGAAGAUCAAGUCUUCUGUCUGGUCAACAUUCUGGCAGGAGACACAGUUUCACAAAUUGACCAAAAAAUGAUCAAUAAGAUGAAGUACAUCCGUGACGAGGCUUCAAAACUGAAAAUUCCUCAAGUGCUCAUCAUGACUAAACCAGAUAAGACCUGUCCACUGGUUAACAAGGACAUUAGAAAGAUCUACACCAGCAAGAAGAUCAAAGAAAAGAUGCAGGAGUGCAGUCAUCUGCUGGGUAUUCCAAUGAAUCACAUCUUCCCUGUGAAGAACUACCAUGAGGAGAUGGACACAAAAAAUGACAUUGAUGUUCUGAUCCUCAAAGCACUUGAUCAGAUCGUGAACAUCGCCAAUGAUGCACAGAAGAGAGGAGCCCCCAGUCAGAAACUUGAGUGAAGACUCCUGAGAUCCCACCGCAUCUUUGUUGUGUCUUUAUAGCACUCAGAAUUUGGCAUAACAUCAGCAUAUACAACCAUUCAAGUCUGAUGCUUAUUUAAAUAAUAGCUUCUGAUCAACGUUUAUUAUUUGUUGGUAAUAGAAACACUACAAUAGUACUACAAUUUUAUAAUGAAACAAAACUAUGCUGACAUUUCUUGCAAUAGUAUAGCACCUAGUAUGGAUGCUAACAGAUUAGGAACAAUAACAAAGAUGUUU